AUGGCUGCAGGAAAACCAAGAAGUAACAUUGUCCCUGGUCGACGAUAUCCUGGAUAUGCUGCAUUGUGGGCAGCUGGAGGGGACAUCUCUGAGUUUGAGACGUACAAGAACCUUACCAGCGGCGACUUAUCUGGAAGAUCGGAAAAGGAUUCCGAAGAACAAGUGGGACCAAUCGGAGAGAUACAACCCGAUGAUUUUGUACCAAUUGAUUUCUCGGAUCCUGAUGCCGAUUUCGAGGAUGCAGUCGAGGACGCAAUCAAGGAGCCGGAUGAGGAGACGAAGGAGCCGGAUGAGGAGACGAAGGAGCCGGAUGAGGAGACGAAGGAGCCGGAUGAGGAGACGAAGGAGCCGGAUGAGGAGGCGAACGAGCCAGAUGAGGAGGCGAACGAGCCAGAUGAGGAGGCGAACGAGCCAGAUGAGGAGGCGAACGAGCCAGAUGAGGAGGCGAACGAGCCAGAUGGGGAGGCGAACGAGCCAGAUGAGGAGGCGAACGAGCCGGAUGAGGAGGCGAACGAGCCAGAUGAGGAGGCGAACGAGCCAGACGAGGACGCAGUCGAGGCGCCGGUCGAUGACGCAGUCGAGGCGCCGGUCGAUGACGCAGUCGAGGCGCCGGUCGAUGACGCAGUCGAGGAGACGGACGAGGAGGCGAAGAAGACGAAGAAGCAUGACGAAGACGAUGAAGACGACGAGGCAAAUGCUCUGUCGGAUUCGGAAUCAAUUGCCAAGAAUCGUCCAAAGCGCAACCGACUUCCUCCUCUGAACCAUUGGGUCGGAGAGCGUCCGAUUUACAAGUACGAAGAUGGAUAUGCACAGCUGGUUGGAAAGACUGAAGCGUUUUGUGCCGAAAGUGUGAAGAAGGCAGAAAAAGAACUGGAAAAGAUGAGGAACAAAAUUGGAAGAGUGAAGAGGAACACUAACAAGUACAAAGUGCAGAAGCAAAUGGUUGAUGCAAUCAAAGCAAAGCACCAGAAGAAGUGA